AUGGCAUCUUCUUCUUCUUCUUCUGGGUCAUCCACGGUGAACCAGAUAAUUCCACCAAUCAACAACGAUGACAGUGGGAUAGGAGCUACCGGCACGGCAGCGCCAACGCCUAUCAUGAACAAGGUCAUGUCGAGCGUCGCGAACCUUGCGCAGCUCCUUCCCACGGGCACGGUGCUGACGUACCAGGCGUUGGCCCCGUCCUUCACCAACUACGGCAAGUGCGAGACCUCCAACCAGUGGCUCACCACGGCGCUGGUUGCUGUCCUUGCCGCCGCCUGCCUCUUCUUCUCCUUCACCGACAGCGUCGUGGGUCGCCGCAAUGGAAAGCUAUAUUACGGCUUCGCCACAUUGCGUGGCUUCAACGUGUUCAACUUCUCCAGCGAGGAGGAGAAGCAGGAGUGGAAUGAUCUCGACCAAUUCCGGAGGCUGCGCCUUCAGCCGCUGGACUUCGUGCAUGGCUUCUUCACGGCGGUGGUUUUCCUCAUAAUGGCGUUCAGCGAUGUGGGGCUGCAAAACUGCUUCUUCCCGGAUGGCAGCAGGAACACACAACAGCUGCUCAAGAACCUGCCAUUGGGAAUGGCGUUUCUGUCCAGCUUUGUGUUCAUCAUCUUCCCCACCAAAAGGAAGGGAAUCGGAUUCAAUGACACGACUCCUCGCCACAAGGUCGUCCAUCCCUUGAAUAAAGUUUGA